AUGGUGAAUAAGAUUAGAUUGUUGGGAGUUGAGAUGAGUGAUAAGAUGAUAGUUGAGAAAGUGUUAGUUAGCGUACCCAAAAGGUUUGAGUCCAAGAUAUCUUCCCUAGAAGAUUCAAAGGACCUCUCCCAAAUCAGCCUCACCGAAUUGGUCUAUGCUCUGCAGGCUCAAGAACAAAGAAGGUUGAUGAGACAAGAGGACUCCAAUGAAUUUGCAAUGAUGGCUGCUCUGGCUGCUCAAAAGGGAAUUAGCAUGCAGGGAAGUAAUAGGAAGUAUGCUGGAGACAAGAGAGGAAAGAGAGAACUGGUGGACAGGGGGGAAAACCGAGUGGAAGAAGGAAUUAUCCACCAUGUUCUCACUGCAAAAGAAAGGGACAUCCAGAGAAUAGGUGCUGGUUUAGACCUGGGAUCCAGUGUAGAGGAUGCAAACAGUUUGGGCACAUUGAAAAGGUGUGCAAGAACAAAGGUGCACAGCCAUCACAGCAAGCACAACUUGCAGAAGAUCAGCAGCAAGAGCAGUGAAUCUGAGCAGUUAUUUGUAGCUUUAUGCUACUCAAUGCAGACCAGCGGUGAUGUUUGGUUGAUUGACAGUGGUUGUACUAACCACAUGGUAGCAAGUUUGGAGAACUUUGUUAGGCUAGACAGAACCUACAACUCCAAUGUCAAGGUUGGAAAUGGUGACUAUGUGGAAGCAAAAGGGAUUGGAGAUGUGGCAGUCCAAACUCAGGCAGGUACUAAGAUUAUUUCAAGUGUUCUAUUUGUUCCUGAAAUUGCACAAAAUCUGUUAAGUAUAGCUCAAAUGUUAGAGAAGAAUUACACUUUACAUUUUCAAAACCACGCUUGCAUUAUAAAGGAUUCUGAGGAAAAUUAA